AUGAACGCUGGUGUACAAGCUUUAAUGGCUACCGGCCAACAGCAAAAACUACAUCAAUCUCCUCCUGCUCAAUUACAAAAUACUCCAAAUGCCAAUGCUUCAACAAAUCCAAAUAAUGCUGCUCAAGCUCAACAACAGCAACAGCAACAGCAACAACAACCUUUAGAUCCAUUAACUCAGUCAACUGCCGAAACUUGGUUAUCUAUCGCCUCUUUGGCUGAAACUGUCGGUGACACAGAUAGAGCUGCUCUAGCUUAUGACGCUACCCUGCAAUAUAACCAAUCUUCAACAAAAGCUUUGACUUCAUUAGCUAACCUUUAUCGUUCGAGAGAUAUGUUUCAAAGAGCUGCCGAAUUAUAUGAAAGAGCUUUGUCUGUGAACCCUGAAUUGUCAGAUGUCUGGGCCACUUUGGGUCAUUGUUACUUGAUGCUAGAUGACCUACAAAGAGCUUACAACGCUUAUCAACAAGCUCUUUACCAUUUAUCAAAUCCAAACGUACCGAAAUUAUGGCACGGUAUCGGUAUCUUAUAUGAUAGAUACGGGUCAUUGGAAUAUGCUGAAGAGGCCUUCGCUAAAGUAUUAGAAUUAGAUCCAAAUUUUGAAAAAGCUAAUGAAAUUUACUUUAGAUUGGGUAUAAUAUACAAACAUCAAGGUAAAUGGACUCAAGCAUUGGAAUGUUUCAGAUAUAUUUUACCACAGCCACCUGCUCCUUUACAAGAAUGGGAUAUUUGGUUCCAAUUAGGUUCUGUACUGGAAAGCAUGGGUGAAUGGCAAGGUGCUAGAGAAGCAUAUGAACAUGUAUUGGCCCAGAAUGAACACCAUGCCAAAGUAUUACAACAAUUGGGUUGUUUAUAUGGUAUGAAUAACACUCAAUUCUACGAUCAUCAAAAAUCUUUGACUUUAUUGUUAAAAUCCUUAGAAAUUGAUCCUUCAGAUGCAGCCACUUGGUACCAUUUGGGUCGUGUUCAUAUGAUCAGAACUGAUUAUACUGCUGCUUAUGAUGCUUUCCAACAGGCUGUAAACAGAGAUUCGAGAAACCCUAUCUUCUGGUGUUCUAUUGGUGUUUUAUAUUACCAAAUUUCUCAAUACAGAGAUGCUCUGGAUGCUUAUACAAGAGCAAUUAGAUUGAACCCUUACAUUAGUGAAGUUUGGUAUGAUUUGGGUACUUUAUAUGAAACUUGUAACAACCAAUUAAGUGACGCACUGGAUGCUUACAAACAAGCAGCAAGAUUGAUCCAGAAAAUGUUCAUAUUA